ACGUGCACCGGAAACCACGUGUUAAUCUCUACACACCCUAUGCUCGUCGUUAUGAUGAUAUUUCACUUAACAAUUCGGUUGUAAACAUAUUUUUAACCGCGUCGAGCUAUGUCCGGCCAUACGGAAUUAAAAAUCAACUCCCAGUUUGCCAAGAAAUACGACAAAUACCGACAGAGGGAAGAACUGCAAAGGCUAAAGGAUCGAUAUGGAGACCGAGGAGAUGACGAUGAAUCAGAAUCAUCCGAAUCCAGUUCGGAUGACAGUGAAGUGGAAUUGGAUCCAGAGGUUGAAAGGGACUUUUACAGAACAUUGUCACUUCUGAAGAAGAAAGACCCGAAGAUCUAUCAGAGAGAUGCACAGUUCUACUCAGAAGGUGCAUCCACCAAUGAUUUGAAGCUGUCAACAUCAAAGUCAAGAGAGAAGCCCAUGUACCUGAAGGACUAUGAGCGUAAAGUCAUUCUGGAGAAGGAAGGAAAAUAUGACGAUGAGGAGAAUAGUGAUGACGACGAGGAUAAUGAGGAGGCAGCCAAAAGACAUGAGAGGGCAUCGUCCCCCAGCUACAUUCAGGAGCAGAAGCAGCUGAAAGAAAGUUUCCGUAAGUUCGUCCAUGACAGCGAUGACAGUGAAGGGAGUGAGGAAGAAGGAGGCUCCCAGCUGCUGACCAGGAGAAUAAAAACACAAGAAGAGCAGGACAAGGAAGAGGCAGACUAUGUGGAGUGGCUCAAAGGCCAGGCUGAGCUUGAUGGACCUGAGGAGGUGAAGGACAUGAAAUAUCUACGAGACUAUUGGAAUGACCCACAGCUGGAUGAGAAGGAGUGUUUCCUACGAGACUACGUCCUAAACAAACGCUACAAAGAUGACGAUGACGAAGAGAGGAUCCCGACGUAUGAGGAGGUGGUCCAGGACGAUGUGGCCGAUUCUGAAGAGGAGGGCGAGGUGUUUUUGGAGCGACAGGAGGACUUUGAGCGAAGCUACAACUUCCGUUUUGAGGAACCCGAUGCUCAGCAGGUUAAAACCUACCCUCGCAACAUCGCCACCUCAGUGCGCUCCAAAGACGAUCGCAGAAAACGCAAAAGGGAGGAAGUGAGAGAAAGGAAGGAAAGGGAGAAACAACAGAAACGGGAGCAGCUGAAGCAGCUGAAGAACUUGAAGCGUAACGAGAUCAUGGAGAAACUACAGAAGCUGAGGGAGCUGACCGGAAAUGAUGAGCUGGCUUUUAGUCAGGCUGAUCUGGAAGGAGACUUUGAUCCACAACAUCAUGACCAGCUCAUGCAGAAGUUCUUUGGGGAUGAGUACUAUGGAGAGCAAGAGGAGGAAAAGCCUCAGUUUGAAGAUGAUGGUGAACUUGAGGCAGAGCAUUGGAACUGGGACACGUGGACUGGAGAAGAGGCCUGUGAUGAAGAUGAGGGCUAUGAUGUCACAGAGCCACACUGUGAAGACCAGGAUUUUAUCAUGGAUGCAGACUAUGAUGCAAGCCAGCACAGCGUCUCCAAGAAGAACAAAAAGGAGAGGAAGAAAAUGAAGAAAACAGACAUGCCGCAAAUGGGCAAAAAGAAAAAGAAGUCUCUCUUUGCAGAGGUGGUCACCAAAAAUAAGCCGGUGUUCGAUCCCAAGGAGAAGAGUUUUGAGCAGUACCUCGAUGAAUACUAUAAACUGGACUAUGAGGACGUCAUCGACGACCUCCCGUGCAGGUUCCGUUACAGGCAGGUGCUUGCAAACGACUUCGGUCUGACCACAGAUGAGAUUUUGGGUGCUGAUGAGAAGGAACUGAAUCGAUGGUGCUCUCUAAAGAAGACCUGCAUGUUUAGAUCUGACAAAGAAGAACUGUGUGAUUUGAAGAACUACAAAAUAAAAUCGCAGAACGCCAAGAAGAAGAAAGAAAUCCUGACUUCUAUUUAUUCUGAAGAGGAUAAAGAGGUGGCAGAGGCCAAAGCCAAGAUGGGAAAGAAGCGAAGAGAUCGUGUGAAGAACGCAGAACAGCACAAGAGAGAAGCAGAGGACCGUGACACAGCCUCUAUGGACACCUCGGAUGAGAAUGCACAAGCUCUUGGAGAGUUUGGGGCUGGUGUUGACGAACCAGAGGAGGUUCUCACAAAAAGGAGAGAACCACAAGAGGAGCUGCAGCCGGUUCGUCCUAAAGUGGAUGCAGAUGAAGCUGUUCGGGGUCAAGACAAGACACAUAAGCCAAAAUUUACCAAGAAGCACAGGCAUUCCGGUGGGCGCCACACAUCGGGAACGACGGGUGUGAAAAUCGGAGGCCGGGAGUUCAGUAAACAGAGGCUGAAGGCGUAUGGUUUGAAUCCCAAGAGACUGUUCUUCCGACAGCUUGGAAGGCAAAAACGGAAAGAGCAGCAGAAGAAAGAAGCAGGAAAAAGAGCCACAAUUUAACAUAACAGUAUAUUUUUAAUGGUCCCAAAUUCAUCAAUAUUUUGUUUUCCACUGUAGAUGACCGCUGACCAUUGUCAGUCCAUCCUAUUUUUGUUUUUCUCCCCCCCCCAAAUCUUAAAGUACAGUCCUAAAAAGUGGGAAAUUAUACAUUGUGUAUUCCCACCACUCAUCAUGGCAUGUAUUUGUGAGGCGCAACGAUCUCUACAAGUAAUCUACAUAAAUACCCCCCCCAUUUUUUUCUACUGUGCCAUUUUGUUAAUUUCAUUCUCUUCCUAGAUGAAGCAUCAUGUGGUGUUAAAAUAAAUAGAAUAUUUAACAUUUUAAA